AUGUCUGUGCCUCGUGUCUUACAAUGUGUCUGUGGCAACAUAAAAGUAUCUCUCGAGACUUCAUGUGAGUAUUCUGAAGUACCACUUGACCUCAAAAAGUCCAUACCAACGACUUGGGUAUCUCCUCUAUGUGGGAGUUUGUCGCAGAUCUAUGUUGAGUACGAAGACAUGAAAAAGUCAACGAAGCAGGCCGACACACUUUGUCUUUCAGUACGCUGUUUGCUAUGUGAGACCAAUGUCUGUGUGACUCUUUACACUUCAAACUUGAAUUGUGUUGUUAUCAAUCCGGACUUAAUUAGUGUCGACAAUUUAAGACAGAAUUUGACGUAUUCAAAAACGUUUGGGCUUUGGAUUAAGAACAUUCAAGUCGAUCAAAACACAACGUCGUUUGUGACGAACACCCCAUUGGAACGAUUACUUGCACUGAGAAAGCAAAGUGUUAUCGACUAUUUAUUCGAGGAGAAAGAACGCGUCGUCAGGGAGUUUGUCCAGAAGCAAGAGGAGCUUUUCGAGGAGAAGCGGCGGGAGGUCAAGUCGGAGUUUUUAAUGUUAAAGACACAGUGCUUUAAACAGAAAAUCGAGGGCAACGAGGACAGUUUGAACGUCGGAAAUAAUUUAAAUAAGUAUGACGAAGUCAUGCGUAUCAGUGACGAGUGGAAGCGCAAUGGUGGGGUGUUUAGGUUCGAAGAAGAUGAGGGGCGACUCUUUGAAAAUUGUUCUGCAAAAUACAAGAAAUUUGCAGAAAAAAAGAAAGAGGAAGGCGAAGAAAAAACAUUCCCGUCCACUUUUAAAGAGUAUGUCCUUGAAAAGCUUGUUGAUGAUAAUAAGAAGUCGGGAGUGUCACCAGAAUCUGGGCCAAAAUAA